CGAUAGCAAUAACGACCCCUGACUGUGUGACUGUAACACCUCCAGUCUUCACAACAUCCCCAGCUGACUGUCUGAUGCCCGGACUCUUACUGUUCAUACAAACCUUACAGCCGCUUAAAGAAGGUCUUCUCUAACAGAGUGCUCUGACCUUCAGGCUUAAAGGUCAAACGUUGUGAGGGGCUGUGCCCGAUGGAUCAUGGUGGCCAGUUUGAGAGGGAGGGCAGAGUAAUGUCCCACAUCCAGGGGGGCGGGGUUGACCUCUGUGAUAAUCUCCCUAACCCUCAAGCUCUCACUGCCCAAACUCGAAACCUCAACGAGAAAAACACACACACUCAGAGUCUCUCUCCUUCACAAAAUGAGGACGCAGGAGGGUGCAGGCUCAUCAGGGAUGACGCUCUCAGCAGCAGUGGAAAGGAGGGAUCCACAGAAAGACACAGAGAGGAGGAUGAUGAGGAAGACAUGGAUGAGGUCAUGAAGGAAGACGAGGAAGAGGAGGAAUCAGAGGGAUCGAGCUGUCUCAUUCGCUGCCAGUCUCCCAGCACGCCCAUGACUGAUUCAUCCUAUUCAGAAACAGGCAGUCUCAUGGAAACUCAAUAUCCUUUUAGCCCUGGGACCAGUCCCGAGCCUACAUCCCCUGUCAUCCCAGUGGUCAGUCCAGAAAAAGCAUGUCCCAUCACUCAAGUGGAACUGAGCCAGGAUGAUGUCAAAGUGGACUCUAACAACUCAAACACUGAAUCUUUUCCAUCUCAUACAGAGACUGUUACACUGGCACCUGUCGUCAGCACAGGGCCUUUAGAUUCAAACACACAAAACAAGACCUCAGACAUCAGGCCUGACAGCCCACCAGGACCUUCAUGUACCACAGGAAAAACUACUAAUACCUCUACAGAUUAUCUUUCCUCAUCCACAAAGCCUGUCUUCAACCAUGAGCCCCGAGUUUCUGUAGCUUCCACCCCUGUGAGUGCAGCAACCAGCCCUAUUGCAUUUACUACAGGGCUUAUGGCUCCUUGUACAGAAUCAACCUCCACCACAGGACCUUUCACUUUAAAUUGGGAAAACAUUUUUACCUCCACUCCAUUGCCCACUUGUUUCUCAGUCCCCACCUGCGCCACAGGACCAAGCCCUACUUUGUUGGAGAGUCUGGAGCAGCUCGCAAAAAGGGGAGAUAACCCUCAACUUCCACAGUACCUGCACCAGAUUGCUGAGGCCUUUGUCCUUCAGGAAGACUACCAGCGGGCGUUAUGGUGCAUCCAGUUAGAGAAGCUCUAUCACCAGAGGGUACUGGAGAACCUGAAUGCACUACAGGAGCAGUGGGAGAGUCAAUGUAAAAGGACUUCCUCAAACCUGGCAACCAGACAUCUGGACACUCUUAAAAACAUCUGCCAGACACACAGUCGACCAUGUGCUGAAGAUGCUGUGUGUGCAUCUCAGGAUUUAUUGAGGACCACAAUUGAAGAAGGUGGUGCCCUGCCUCCAUGUACUUCAACCCAUCAGAGUGACAGAGGGAUGGAGCAGAGAGCAGAAGACUCCUCCCAUUCUCAGAGCAGCUGUCCAGUCAUACCCUUCAUUAAUUCGUCCGACGGGCACAAUUCCCCUGAGAUGUCAGAAAAGGGCAGGGAAGACCCAGACAGGGAAUCACGGGGGAGGGACUGCAGCAACACAGAGAGAAGAGAUCAAGAACAAGGGGUAGCAUGCACCACAUCAGGAAUAGUAAAUGAACUGCACCCCUCUCUGACUGGAGAAAUGGAUCAGUCCAAGCCCGCAGAGCUGCAGGGAGGAGAUUUAGGUCUUGCACAGGAAAAGGAGGCAAAAAGGGAAGAAGAGGAGAGUGACGUGGAGGAGGCAGCCGAAGCUCUAGAGAUGGAAGAUGAGGGAGAGGACGAAGAGGAGGAGAAGCAGAAAGAAAGAGACUCUCCUUUAUGUCAGAAGGCUCUACCAGUAGAGACUCUGAUCAGUGGGGCAGAGGUGGAGGUACAACAUCUGCACCAGGAAGACAGAGAUGAGGAAAAGGUACAUGAUGAGACCCAGGAGAGAGCUGAAACCCACCUGAAACAUCAGGCCCUUCUGCCUCAAGAGGCUCAUAUGAGGCAGCAGGAGCAGACUGAGGAGAGCAUGGAGGAAGAGGAGGAAGAGGAGGAGUACGAAGUAGAGCAAAUUGACAUGAUCAGAGAAGCUGCCGUACUGGACGACAUGGCUAAACUCAUCACAGUAGAGGAGAUGUCUCCUGCAUCUGGCCUGGUCUCCAUAUUAAAGAAGAGGAAGGCUUAUGUGGACAACAUGAGUGUUUCUGCUACCUCAGAGGCAAUGCCUGACCAAGCCCCUGCUAAAAGACGGGUCCGCUUCAAAGUCCCUGAUGACGGCUAUGAGCAUGAUGUUGGCGGUGGGGACUCCUGCCUGCUUCUCUUCCUGCUUUGUAUGGUAACCGUGGUGAUCAGUGUAGGUGGCACAGCCCUCUACUGUGCUCUGGGCGAUGCCCAUUCCUCAGUCUGUCAGGACUUUUCUAGAAAUGCAGACUUUUACAUGGGCCAGCUACAGCGGGGGAUAGCUCACAUCCAGCAUUGGUUCACCCCCGGGUCAUAGCAGCAGCAAUGUGUCAUCACUGUGGCAGUUUUGGGCUGCUUGUUCAGGCACUUCCUGGGACACUUUUUUCCGAGGUAAUUCUGCCAGGCAGCUGCUGCCGGGCAGCUGCUGCAGUCCCUGGCAUACUGCGGAGCAGGUGGCUAUUAUGCUGCCUAAUUGACUGAACAAUAAUAUAGGAUCAGAUGGCAUUUUAGGCCUUCGCCUGCAUAUUUAAUGUUUGGUUGUAGGGUUAAGACUUAAAGUUGUCGGUCAGAUGAGACUGAAGAACACAGGUCAGAAAGGGAAAGCAGAACGGAGGGAGAGAGAAUAACUGGAGAAUAGAGGUGACCUAAAAAUAAAAGAAUAACUGAACUGCAGCCCCUUUAAUAUAGGUUAUACAUUUUUAAGCUAGGUUUAGAAAUCCUGAAUACAACUACAAUGUCAUACUGAAAUAGCUGCAAACACGUUCACCAUGAGCUGGUGAUACUUUAGUCUAAAGUCAUUGGUAGAUAACCAUGGCUGGAUACAAAAUGUAACUGCCUCACACUGGAUUCAUAAACUCAGCUCCCUGAGUUAAAAAUAAUAAAAAGGUAUGAUCAGCUGCAACCUGGAGUUGUGAAAAUGGUAUCUAUUGUAUAGUUUGUUAACUGGGCGUGAUUGCUCCACACAUAUACUGCACAAAUGGGAAGUGGCCCAAAGGGCAUUUUACAGCCUGCUGCAACCACUUGUGUUGCUUUUAUUGUUGACUUUUUCAAUUCACAAAUGACAUUUUUAAAUGAACAAACCAUUCAGUGGUCUACUUGGAAUGAAAUCUCUAUGUCUUAAUCAAGCGUUUAAUGAAUGUUUGGAGUUUAUUGUUAAAUAUGACUUUGUUUUUAUCUGUGGGGCAUUUUUAUAUUGCCAGAAAUACAAAAUUGAAAGGGUUAUUUUGGUAUUCACCAAACUGGGCUAAUGGACAACAGACAAAUCAAACUUGUCCAAUGGGGUAAAAUAACAUGUUUUUAUCUUAACAACUGCUAUCUGAUGUCGUGCAUUGCAUUAACAUCGAGCAGUUGCUAAAGAGCUCUACAUGAGAAGCACAGCUGUACUUCUUGUGUACCUUCCACCCCAGCUUUGUGUAGCAUAUGCAACAUGUACAUGAACACAGUGCACCUCUGUAUAUAGCUGUUGUCAGAAGAAUGUCUAUCAUGUUGCACAUAAGACAGGUAUGAUUUUCUUAACAUCUAUGUGCUACAGGCUUUACUCGAUUUGAUCAGAAGCAAAAAAUGACCCCAAUCCCAAACUGGAUGCCAGGGAACAUAAGUUUGCACUGAUAGCCAGAAAAAAGAAUAAUCAUGUCUUAUGCUGCUCUGGCUGGGUAAGGACUAACUUCAGCAGCAAAAAAAAAAAAAUUGAAUUGCAUGAUUGAUGUUGAAAACAACUGUUCAGUGUACUGUCAAUGCAAACCUUGAGGUUGAUGGGGUCAUUUGAAGCACUGUCCAGAUCUGCCUGCCUGUGAUUUUUUCUUAGCGAUUCUUUGCAUCAUCUUUUUCCACAGCCGGUCUUCUUAAGGAGUCAUUCAGUUAACGUGUCAUCUUAAAGAGUUCAUUUCUGCACACCUUUGAGUUUGAGGUUUCGCCUUAAGACACUUUAUUCUCACACCAGUGCUUUGAUUCUUAUUUCAAAAACUGUUUCUUAGCAAAUGUCAACUCUUAUUGGGGUCACUUUUAUGCCUUGUCAUCCAUCUUUUUUUAUUUCAUUUGAACACAUUGCAAUGCUUGGUGUCCUUUUAAUUAUUUUCUUUUUAUUCAGGGUUGUUGCAGAUUCCACAAAAAUGCCCUCAAAAAAACACAUAUCUCAUAAGGGUCUUUAUUGUCAGUAUGUAAAGAAAAAAACUCUUGAAGAGGAGAGUCAGGUGUCUUAACUAUGCAUUUAAUACGGUUUGAGUUUGUUCUUUUUCUCUCAGGAUUUGUCCUCAGUCACAAAAACCUGAAAAUCACUUUGAGAUGUGAGGGGUUUUUCUUCCCGGGAUGUGAGGAAUUGCAGAUUGAUUCUUGUUUCAUUUGCACAUUUCAUCUGGCUGGUUCAGAUGACUUUCACACAGAUAACCAUUUAUUUAAUCUUCUGGAUAGUUUUAAUUAUUUAUCACAUGACAGAUGUCUAGCAUGGUAAAAAAAGGAUGCAUUUGUUCAUUUGCUUUUGUUAUGCUUUGCUUUAUUAUUGACAUAAUACACCAGUAAUGUUUUCAUCUUUUUUUACCAUCAUAUCAGUCAUCGUUAUAUGUUUAUGUUGUUUCAUUAAUUUACCUUUAUGUUUAUUUUAACUGCUGUUGUCAUUAACUUCUUCAGUUAAGAUUCAUAUUCAUUGGUUUUUAACAGAACAUUACAAAUGGAUGGAUGAUUUGUGUGUGUAUUACUGUGUACCUCUGUUAUCGAGCUGAUGAAAGGCAGUUUAUAAUUGUUUUGAUGAAAUGUUUUCUCUUUGUUUUUACAUUUUGUUAUAGGAUACGUUUUUUGUUGUUAAAAAACAACUCUCUCCUUAUGUAUAUCGUAUUCCUCCUGUUAAAAACAAUGAAAACAG